AAUGAGAGAUCAAGAUCGAGUUUUUACUAGUUUUGAACCAUACCCUUUUCGAGUUAACAAGUUUUUAACUCGAAAAGGAGGAGUUGGUAGAUGCAUAAUUUCUCAUCUUGCAAAAAGGUUCUUUCUUUUUGCUCAACUUUUCUUGUUAUUUCAGUUACUGAUAUUUGGGAUUCAGCCAGCUUCAGGUGAAGAUUGGGAUGGUAUAAUUAUUACUGCAGCAGAUUUUCAAGCACUUCAAGCUUUUAAACAAGAAUUGGUUGAUCCAAAAGGGUUCUUGAAAAGCUGGAAUGAUAGUGGAUUUGGAGCUUGUUCUGGUGGAUGGCUUGGUAUUAAAUGUGCUCAAGGACAAGUUAUUGUUAUUCAACUUCCAUGGAGAGGUUUAGGUGGAAGAAUUACUGAAAGAAUUGGACAAUUUCAGUCUCUUAGAAAACUUAGCUUACAUGAUAAUGUCAUUGGUGGUUCAAUUCCUUCUACUUUGGGACUCAUACCUAAUCUUAGAGGACUUCAACUUUUUAACAAUAGGUUAGCAGGUUCUAUUCCUGCUUCUCUUGGUUUAUGCCCUCUUCUUCAAACACUUGAUCUCAGCAAUAACUCAUUCUCUGGUGUAAUUCCACCUAGUCUUGUUAAUUCAACUAAGCUUUAUAGGCUUAAUCUUAGCCAUAAUUCUUUGUCUGGUUCAAUCCCCACAAGUCUCACACAAUCUCCCUCACUCAUCUUUCUUGAUCUCAAGUAUAACAAACUUUCAGGCUCAAUACCAGAUACUUGGGAUGGAAAUGGAAAUGGAAAAAGACUCUUCCAACUUCAGUCUCUUACACUUAAUCACAACUUCUUUUCUGGAAGUAUUCCUGCUUCCUUAGGCAAGUUGAAUGAACUUGUUGAGCUUUCACUUAGUCAUAAUCAAUUGACUGGAGUUAUCCCAAGUCAUAUUGGGGGACUCUCUAGGCUUACAACACUUGAUUUGUCUCAUAAUGCCAUUAAUGGAAGCUUGUCUGAUAGCUUCUUGAAUCUAUCCUCACUAGUGGUCUUGAACUUGGAAAGCAACCAACUUGAUAACCAAAUCCCAGCAGCCAUAAUAAAAUUGCAGAAACUCUCAGUUCUCAACUUGAGGAGUAACCACUUUAGUGGUGAUAUUCCAGUCACUAUAGGAAACAUCUCUACUCUUAGACAACUAGAUUUAGCUCAUAAUAAUAUAAGUGGAGAAAUCCCAGCUUCUUUAGAUACUUUACCAAAUCUUAGUGCCUUCAAUGUCUCAUAUAAUAAUCUGUCUGGUCCUGUUCCAACUCAUCUCGUACGGGACUUCAACUCGAGUGCCUUUGUGGGUAAUCUUCAGCUAUGUGGUUACAGUGCAUCAACCCCAUGUCCAAUCUCUCCAGUUAGCCCAUCCCCCGAAACACCAAAAAAGCAACGUCGUAAGUUAAGUAUUAAGGACAUAAUUCUCAUAGCAGGAGGGGCACUUCUCAUAAUCUUGGCUCUGCUAUGUUGCAUUCUCCUAUGCUGCUUGAUCAGGAAAAGAUCUGCAGCUGAAGCAGGGAAGGAUGGUCAAGGCACGAGUAGGGCGGCUGCAGCCGCCAGAGGUGAAAAGGGUAUUCCACCAACUGCUGGAGAAGUUGAAGCAGCAGGAGGAGGAGAUACAGGAGGAAAACUUGUCCAUUUUGAUGGACCUAUUGUGUUCACAGCAGAUGAUCUUCUUUGUGCAACCGCCGAAAUAAUGGGAAAGAGCACUUAUGGUACGGUGUACAAGGCCACGUUAGAGGAUGGCGAUCAAGUUGCUGUGAAAAGAUUGAGAGAGAAGAUCACAAGAGGUCAAAGGGAAUUUGAGAGUGAAGUCAAUAUUCUUGGCAAGAUCAGGCAUCCAAAUCUUUUGGCCCUUAGAGCAUAUUACAUGGGACCUAAAGGAGAGAAACUUCUUGUUUUUGACUACAUGCCUAAGGGAAGUUUGGCAACUUUUCUUCAUGCUCGCAGUCCUGAUACACCAAUUGAUUGGGCAACAAGGAUGAGAAUAGCAAAGGGUACAGCAAGGGGAUUGCUCUUCCUUCAUACAAAUGCCAACAUCAUUCAUGGGAAUCUUACAUCGAGCAAUGUUUUACUUGAUGACAACACAAAUGCAAAGAUUGCAGAUUAUGGUCUUUCGCGCCUAAUGACUGCUGCUGCAAAUGCAAAUGUUAUUGCAACUGCUGGAGCACUUGGGUAUCGGGCACCUGAACUUUCAAAACUCAAGAAAGCAAACUCAAAGACAGAUGUAUACAGCCUUGGUGUUAUUAUACUGGAACUUCUAACUGGGAAGUCACCAGGAGAAGCAAUGAAUGGUGUGGAUUUGCCUCAAUGGGUUGCAUCAAUUGUGAAAGAGGAGUGGACUAAUGAGGUAUUUGAUUUAGAACUAAUGAGGGAUGCAUCCGUUAUCGGUGAUGAAUUAUUGAAUACCUUGAAAUUGGCUUUGCAUUGUGUUGAUCCGUCACCAUCAGCUCGACCAGAAGUUCAGCAACUUCUCCAGCAACUAGAAGAAAUUAGACCUGAAACAGCUACCAGUUCUGGGGACGACGACGGUGCUGCAGCUCCCUCAGCAAGCGAUGAUUAG